GGGAAUGAUGGGGUGGUGGGAAGCACUUUGGGCUGAGGAGCUUUCAGUGUGUGAGAAGGACGGGGAGGGAAAACUGGCUUUCAGUUUGACAUCUAUUAUUCUGUAUAGGUUGAUGUUGGUGAAGAUUUUAGCAGCCUAGACCCUGCAUUCAUCCUGCUUGUUAAGGCUUUGUUAACAGCACAGAUACAAGAGCUGCCCCAAAGGAUGUGAUUUCAGAAUGGAGGCACUGCUAGAAAGAAUGAAAAAACAAGGACAAGGCAGAGGCUUCCUGACUUCAUGUGAGGCUGAGCUGCAGGAGCUGAUGAAGCAGAUAGACAUAAUGGUGGCUCAUAAGAGAGCUGAAUGGGAAAGUCGAACUCAGACUUUAGAGUCUUGCUUGGAUAUACGAGAACAGGAGCUGUCUUCUCUCAGGAAUGCAUUAGAUGAGAAACGCAAAGAGAUCGAGAGGUUGUGCCAGCGGCUGGAAGGGAUGGAACAAUUAAAUCAUGAUGUUACUGUCAAAUAUGAACAGCAGUUAUGCAAAAUCCAGGAAGAGCUAGCCCGACUAAAGAAAAGUUAUGAGAAAUUGUUGAAGAAACAAUUGAAAGAGGCCAGGCAAGCUUCUAAAAGCCAAGAGGAGGAUCCAUCUGAGAUCAGCAUCUUGACCAAAAAGUUAGAGGAAUUCCGUCAAAAAUCCCUAGAUUGGGAGAAGCAGCGCUUGCAGUACCAACAACAUGUGGCAUCGCUGGAAGCACAAAGGAAGGCUUUGGCUGAGCAGUCUGAGCUAAUUCAGACCCAGCUGUCCAGUCGAAAACAAGUGUUUGAGUCUGUGGAGCUGGCAAGUCAGUCUGAGAUCCAUCAUUUAUCAAGCAAACUAGAAAGAGCCAAUGAUACUGUUUGUGCCAAUGAACUGGAGAUGGAGAGGCUGAAUAUGAGGGUGGAUGAUUUGACUGAUACCAACCAGAAGAUUCUGGAGGAACAACAGAGACUUCUAGAGGAGCUGCAACUUUCCAGGAACUCACUGGAGGUUCUACAUGAUGAAAAAAUGGAACUCAGGGCCACUCUGUUGUCUCAAGAAGAUUUCAUUAAGAGCUUGCAGAUUCAUAAUGAACAAUUACAGCAAGAAGUAUCCAAACUGACUGAGAUUCUGCACACCAAAGACACUCUCAUCAGGUCACUGGAACUGCAGUUACCGAGCAGUGAGGAAGCCAAAGGAAAUUACCAUAUUAAGGCAGGAAUGGAGCAUAUGCAACUUCAACUAGAUCAUACCAAGGCUCAAUCUAAAAGCAAUUCUAACCUGGGGUUUGCAAAUACAAACGGUAUCCUACCACAUGAAGAGCUAACUGAGAAGUGCCAGAAACUUUGUUUAACUGAAGAGCACCUUUGCCAGGCUAAGGCUGAAAUUAAAAAGCUGAAGGACCAGUUAUCCCACAAGGAGCAAAGUCAUAGCAGUGAGUUGGAGGGAAUGAAGCAAGAAGUUACCCAACUAACACGGGAACUCCACCAGCGUGACAUCAUGCUUGCCUCAUCCAGUGGUUCUACCUCGAAUUUGGAACAGCAACUGAGACUAGAGAUUGAAAAAGCAGAGCGAAAGGCAGUGGAGCACAGGGCCAUCUUGUCUCAAUUAGAAGCUCUCAGGCAAGAAAAUCAACACCUGUCAGAAAUGCUACAAAAGGCAAAAAGUGCUGCCUCGGCAGAACUCCAGGAAAGUUAUGACAAGGCCCUGAACAGAGUGGAGUCAGAGAACCAGCAACUACAGAAGGAACUAGAAGAAACUAGAGCUACCUUGGGAGCCUCAUCUUGGGUGCCUCAGGAUAAAUAUGAGAGUAUUGUACUGCAGAGGCAGCACCAGGUGACAGAGAUAAAGAAUAUAGAGAGCAGAAAAAUACAGGAACUACAACAUAAGCAUGAGCAAGAAAUGAAAGUUCUACAGGCUAGAUUUGAUGAGACUGUUCAGUAUUAUGAAAAAGAAAUCCAGAAAAUGCAACAUUUGUCAGCCAAAGUCUUUGCUUCUAACAUAGCUGCUGAACGAUCUCCCAUGGUCAGCAGGAGCAACUCUGUGGAAUCCUGUGAUCACCUUCUGAGAUCAGAUCCUUUGCCCCAUGGAAACAUGGAAUUUACUGAUGAUGUGUCAAGUGAGGGUGGGAAAGAAUUUUUGCCUUUGAGCCCAGUGCCUACCACAAACCUUGGUGCAAUUGCUGCCAAGUUCCUGGAAGAAGAAGAAGAAAGAUCUCACCAUAUCUUAGAACGCUUAGAUGCACAUAUUGAGGAGCUGAAAAGGGAAAGCAAAAAAACAGUGCAACAGUUUGCACACCAGAAGUAACAUUGUUUGAAGUUUCAUGGACUAGAAAAUUGGUUUAAUUUAUUUCAGACAAUGGACAGGAUGUGCCUAUAAUUCAGGGAGCUCUCAAGGACUAAGAAGAAGGUUUAUUCUCUCUUUGUCCUAGGGUUUUCAGAGGAGAUAAAGUAAAGGAAAUGAAGUUUAUAUGUAGCAGAAUAUUUUCUCUAAUGAUGGUAAUUGCACUACUACAGAAAACCUUUCUAGUUGCCUUAUUGUAACUUGCAGGCCUCGAAUACCCAUGCAGUGAUCUUCAUAAGAGUUGAUGUAAAUUUCUCUGUGGACAACAUUUAAAGUAUAAUUUAUGCAUAUAUUUGAAGAAAUAAAAUGACAAAUAACCCAUUGCCUUCCUUUUACCACACACAUCAUUUGCUGACCAGUUUGAAAUUUCACUUUGCUUUCAAUGUUGCUUAUUCUCUAUUCAAGUUUGUAGAUUAGCUGGUGUGAAAAAAACCCAAGGGAAGACUUUGUGUGAUGCUGAUAAGUAUUUCCUCAGUUGAUCUAACUUGUAUACCAAAUACCACAUUAAUGACUUGGUAGUGGUCCCUUUGGGGGCUAUGGGCUGUAUUUCUUUCCUUGCUGUAAAAGAUGACAUGCAGUCAAAUAGCAACUGAGUGAAAGAAAGUUACUUUGAUAUAGUACAGUUAAUUCCAAGGGUGAAGUUCAAUGUAUGUAAUAAAUAUCUGUAUGCAAGAUCAAUGUUAUUUAGACAACAUCUGUCUUAUGAAGUACUGAACAGCUGUUCAAAGCCAUAAAAGCCCAUUUAAGGGGCUGACCAGUGUAUCAGACAGCUUUGAAUAGCUGUGAAGCUUUAGGAAAAAAUACAGAUCCUUAAAAGCACGUCCUUGGACAAGAAGCCAAGCAGUGUCCUUUCAUACCUCCAGUUCAUUCUUUCUGCCUUUGUUCCUUAGAAAUUAAAUUACUUGUAAGAUUUUUAGCUUUUGAACAAAGAUUCCAAAUUUUAUUUUCUGUGAAAAUAAAAAACAUGCAGACCAUCA